AUGGCAACUCUACUGCAGCACAUGGCACUGCUUUCUCCCAUCAGAGUUUUGAAAAUAGAUCUUGCUUUCCGCAGAGAAGCAGUUUUUACAGGAUGGAAUAUGAGUUUAUCAAUAGAUUAUGGGGAGAACAAACUUUACUGGAUCAGUUCAGGAAAUGGAACCAUAAAUAGAUGCAACUUGGACGGUGGGCAUCUUGAAAUAAUAGAAUCAAUGAAAGAAGACUUAACAAAAGCCACAGCUUUAACCAUUAUGGAUAAAAAGCUUUGGUGGGCAGACCAGAACUUAGCUCAGAUCGGUACCUGUAACAAAAAAGAUGGAAGAAACCCGACUGUCCUGCGAAACAAAACUUCAGGUGUUGUACAUAUGAAAGUGUAUGAUAAAGCAGCACAGCAAGGUAGCAAUUCCUGUCAGUUAAACAAUGGUGGAUGCUCCCAGCUUUGUUUACCAACAUCAGAAACCACCAGGACUUGUGUGUGUACAGUUGGCUACAACCUUCAAAAAAACCGCAUGGCUUGCAAAGGUAUUGAAUCAUUUCUUAUGUAUUCUGUUCAUGAAGGAAUUAGAGGAAUUCCUCUUGAUCCAAGUGAUAAAAUGGAUGCCUUAAUGCCAAUAUCUGGAACUUCAUUUGCUGUGGGCAUAGAUUUCCAUGCAGGAAAUGAUACAAUCUAUUGGACAGACAUGGGUUUCAACAAAAUUAGCAGAUCUAAACGAGACCAAACAUGGAAAGAAGACAUUAUUACAAAUGGUUUGGGAAGAGUUGAAGGCAUUGCAGUGGACUGGAUAGCAGGUAACAUAUAUUGGACGGAUCAUGGCUUCAACUUAAUUGAAGUUGCCAGGCUCAACGGCUCAUUCCGAUAUGUAAUUAUAUCCCAGGGUUUGGACCAGCCAAGGUCUAUUGCGGUACAUCCAGAAAAAGGGUAUUUAUUUUGGACAGAGUGGGGACAGACUCCUUGCAUAGGCAGGGCACACUUAGAUGGGUCUGAGAAGGUUGUGCUUGUGAGCCUGGGGAUUGCAUGGCCUAAUGGGAUUUCCAUCGACUAUGAGGAAAAUAAAUUAUAUUGGUGUGAUGCUCGUACCGACAAGAUAGAAAGAAUUGACCUUGAGAGUGGAGGGAAUCGGGAGAUUGUGCUGUCAGGGAGCAAUGUGGAUAUGUUUUCAGUUGCGGUGUUUGGAGCUUACAUCUACUGGUCUGACAGAGCACAUGCAAAUGGCUCUAUUAGAAGAGGCCACAAGAAUGAGGCCACGGAUGCUGUGACCAUGAGGACUGGCCUUGGAAUAAACCUGAAGGAAGUGAAAGUCUUUAAUAGAGCACGAGAGAAAGGUACUAAUGUUUGUGCCAAGAAUAAUGGUGGAUGUCAUCAACUUUGCCUUUAUCGGGGAAAUGCACGGAGAACAUGUGCUUGUGCACAUGGCUAUCUUGCAGAGGAUGGAAUUUCUUGCCUGAGACAUGAAGGUUACCUGUUGUACUCGGGAAGGACAAUAUUGAAAAGUAUACAUCUUUCAGAUGAAACCAACUUAAAUUCACCAGUAAGGCCAUAUGAAAAUCCAGAGUACUUCAAAAACGUGAUAGCUCUUGCUUUUGACUACAGUCUGAAAGGAAGAGGUACAAAUCGCAUAUUCUUCAGUGAUGCACACUUUGGUAAUAUACAAGUUAUUAAAGACAACUGGGCUGGCAGAAAAGUGCUAAUUGAAAAUGUUGGGUCAGUGGAGGGACUUGCUUAUCAUAGAGCUUGGGACACUCUCUAUUGGACCAGUUCAACCACAUCCUCCAUCACGAGACAUACUGUUGACCAGAGACGUCGGGGAGCUUUCAACCGGGAAGCAGUAAUAACAAUGUCUGAAGACGAUCAUCCACAUGUGUUAGCUCUAGACGAAUGUCAGAACUUAAUGUUUUGGACUAAUUGGAAUGAGCAGCUCCCAAGCAUCAUGAGAUCUACCCUCUCAGGCAAAAAUGCACAGGUUAUCAUUAGUACAGAUAUUCUGACACCAAAUGGACUUACCAUUGAUCAUAGGGCGGAGAAACUUUACUUUUCAGAUGGCAGCUUGGGAAAAAUUGAGAGAUGUGAAUAUGAUGGAUCACAAAGAUAUGUAAUUGUCAAAUCUGGACCAGGUACCUUUCUCAGCCUGGCGGUAUAUGAUGAUUAUAUCUUCUGGUCAGAUGGAGUGAGGAGAGCUAUUCUGCGUUCCAGUAAAUAUACAGGAGGAGAUACAAAAAUUCUUCGUUCUGAUAUCCCGCAUCAGCCAAUGGGCAUUAUUGCUGUUGCCAAUGAUACUAACAGUUGUGAGUUAUCUCCUUGUGCACAAAUGAAUGGAGGUUGUCAUGAUUUAUGCCUUCUGACUCCUGAUGGACGAGUGAACUGCUCAUGUAGAGGGGAUAGAAUACUGAUAGAUGAUAACAGAUGUGUGACUAAAAAUUCUACUUGCAACAUUUAUUCAGAGUUUGAAUGUGGAAAUGGUGAAUGCAUUGAUUAUCAGCUGACUUGUGAUGGCAUUGCUCAUUGUAAGGACAAGUCUGAUGAGAAACUUUUCUACUGUGAAAACAGGGGCUGUCGAAAAGGUUUCAAGCCAUGUUCUAAUCGUCGCUGUGUUUCAAGUAACAAAGUAUGUGAUGGUGCAAAUGACUGUGGUGACAACUCUGAUGAAUUUGACUGUAAAGAUUCAACAUGUGCUUCAACAGAAUUCCAUUGUGCAGAUGGGAUUUGCAUUGGAAAAUCAGCACAGUGCAACCAGAUCAUUGAUUGUGCAGAUGCCUCAGAUGAAAAGAACUGUAAUAAUACAAACUGUGCUUACUUCUAUAAACUUGGAAUAAAAUCUUCAGGAUUUAUUAGCUGUAAUUCAACUUCACUUUGUAUACUGCCGGAAUGGAUAUGUGAUGGAUCUAAUGACUGUGGAGAUUAUACAGAUGAACUAAAAUGUCCAGUUCAAAACAAACCCACAUGUGAAGAAAAUUAUUUUGGUUGUCCUAGUGGAAGAUGUAUUCUGACCACCUGGCUUUGUGAUGGGCAGAAAGACUGUGAGGAUGGAGUAGAUGAAUUACACUGUGAUUCGUCUUGUUCAUGGAAUCAAUUUGCUUGCUCUGCGAACAAAUGCAUCUCUAAGCAAUGGACUUGUGAUGGUGAGGAUGACUGUGGAGAUGGUUUAGAUGAGAGUGAUGCUGUUUGUGGUUCAGUGACCUGUGCAGCAGAUACAUUCAGUUGCUUAGGCUCCCAUGCCUGUGUUCCCCAACACUGGCUUUGUGAUGGCGAAAGAGACUGUCCUAACGGAAGUGAUGAACUGUCGACAGCAGGCUGUGCUCCUAAUAACACUUGUGACGAGAAUGCUUUCAUGUGCCAUAACAAAGUCUGCAUUCCCAAACAGUUUGUAUGUGACCAUGAUGAUGACUGUGGAGAUGGAUCAGAUGAAUCUCUGGAAUGUGGGUAUCGUCACUGUCAUCCUGGAGAGUUCACUUGUGCUGAUGGAAGAUGCCUUUUAAAUUCCCAAUGGCAAUGUGAUGGUGAUUUUGACUGCCCAGACCAUUCUGAUGAAGCACCUAUAAACAUAAAAUGCAAAAUUUCAGAGCAGUCAUGUAACAGCUCUUUUUUUAUGUGCAAAAAUGGCAAGUGUAUUCCUCAAAGUGAUGUUUGUGAUAACAAAGAAGACUGUAGUGAUGGAUCUGAUGAGAAAAGCUGCCACAUUAAUGAAUGCCUCAGUAAGAAAGUUAGUGGCUGUUCUCAAGAUUGUCAGGAUCUUCCUGUUGGCUACAAGUGCAAAUGCUGGCCUGAAAUGAAGGAUGAUGGCAAAACUUGUAUAGAUAUUGAUGAAUGUUCAUCUGGAUUUCCCUGUAGCCAGCAAUGCAUCAAUACAUAUGGAACCUACAAAUGCUUGUGUGCAGAUGGGUAUGAAAUACAGCCUGAUAACCUAAAUGCCUGCAAAUCCCUUUCAGAUGAGGAACCUUUCUUAAUUCUGGCUGAUCAUCAUGAAAUAAGAAAAAUUAGCACUGAUGGAUCCAACUACACUUUGUUGAAACAGGGGCUGAACAAUGUCAUUGCCAUAGACUUUGACUACAGAGAAGAGUUCAUCUAUUGGAUUGAUUCCAGCAGACCAAAUGGCAGUCGCAUAAACAGAAUGUGUUUGAACGGAAGUGACGUCAAGGUAGUCCACAAUACAGCUGUUCCCAAUGCAUUGGCUGUUGAUUGGAUUGGGAAGAAUCUCUAUUGGUCUGAUACUGAAAAGAGAAUUAUUGAGGUGUCUAAACUCAAUGGCUUAUACCCUACCGUCCUUGUGAGCAAAAGAGUGAAGUUUCCUAGAGAUCUGUCCUUAGAUCCUCAAGCUGGAUACUUAUACUGGAUCGAUUGCUGUGAGUAUCCUCACAUUGGCCGUGUUGGUAUGGAUGGCUCCAGUCAAACAGUUGUCAUAGAAACACAGAUAUCUAGACCUAUGGCUCUUACAAUAGAUUAUGUCAACCACAGGCUGUAUUGGGCUGAUGAAAAUCAUAUUGAGUUUUCUGACAUGGAUGGAUCUCAUAGACAUAAAGUCCCUAAUCAAGAUAUUCCAGGGGUGAUUGCACUAACAUUGUUUGAAGACUACAUCUACUGGACAGACGGGAAAACCAAAUCACUCAGCCGUGCCCACAAAACCUCUGGAUCAGACAGACUGUCGCUGAUUAACUCAUGGCAUACCAUUACAGACAUCCAGGUGUAUCAUUCUUAUAGGCAACCUGAUGUGUCGAAACAUCUAUGCACACUAAACAACGGUGGUUGCAGUCAUUUAUGCCUUCUAGCCCCUGACAAGAUGUAUACUUGUGCCUGUCCCACUAACUUUUACCUUGCUGCGGAUAACAAGACGUGCUUAUCGAACUGCACUGCCAGUCAGUUCCGUUGCAAAACUGACAAAUGUAUUCCAUUUUGGUGGAAAUGUGACACUGUUGAUGACUGUGGAGAUGGCUCUGACGAGCCUGACGACUGUACUGAAUUCAGAUGUCAGCCAGGACGUUUUCAGUGUGGAACUGGGCUUUGUGCUCUUCCCGCCUUUAUCUGUGAUGGAGAGAAUGAUUGUGGGGACAAUUCUGAUGAACUGAACUGUGACACACAUGUGUGUCUAUCAGGUCAGUUCAAGUGCACAAAGAAUCAGAAGUGUAUUCCGAUAAAUCUGAGAUGCAAUGGACAGGAUGACUGUGGUGAUGAAGAAGAUGAAAGAGACUGUCCUGAAAACAGUUGUUCUCCAGACCAUUUCCAGUGUAAAACAACAAAACACUGCAUUUCUAAACUGUGGGUAUGUGAUGAAGACCCAGAUUGUGCUGAUGGAUCAGAUGAAGCUAACUGUGAUAAAAAAACUUGUGGACCUCAUGAAUUCCAGUGCAAAAACAACAACUGUAUUCCAGAUCAUUGGAGAUGUGACAGCCAAAAUGACUGUGGUGAUAAUUCUGAUGAAGAAAGCUGCAAGCCUCAAACAUGCACUUUGAAAGACUUUCUUUGUGCAAAUGGAGACUGUGUUUCAGCAAGAUUCUGGUGUGACGGAGACUAUGACUGUGCAGACGGCUCAGAUGAGAGGUAUUGUGAAACAGGCUGUUCAAGAGAUCAGUUCCAGUGUUCCAAUGGUCAGUGCAUAUCAGCGAAAUGGAAAUGUGAUGGUCAUGAAGACUGCAAACUUGGGGAUGACGAGAAAAAUUGUGAACCAGCAUCUCCAACCUGCUCUUCAAGUGAGUACGUAUGUGCAAGUGGAGGCUGUAUUUCGGCAUCUUUGAAAUGUAAUGGAGAAUAUGACUGUGCUGAUGGAUCUGAUGAGAUGGAUUGUGUAACAGAAUGUAAAGAAGAUCAGUUUCGAUGCAAAAAUAAGGCCUACUGUAUCCCUGUCAGGUGGCUUUGUGAUGGCAUCCAUGAUUGUGUGGAUGGCAGUGAUGAAGAAAACUGUGACCAAGGGGGAAAUGUAUGUAGAGCUGAUGAAUUUUUGUGCAACAAUUCCCUCUGCAAACUACAUUUUUGGGUUUGUGAUGGCGAGGAUGACUGUGGAGAUAACUCUGAUGAAGUUGCUGAAAUGUGUGUGAAGUUUCCAUGCCCUCCAACAAGGCCAUACAGAUGUAGAAACAACAGGGUUUGUCUGCGACUGGAGCAGAUUUGCAAUGAAGUUGAUGACUGUGGUGAUAACUCGGAUGAAGAUCACUGUGAUAAAAUCACAUAUAAAGCAAGACCAUGUAAAAAAGAUGAGUUUGCUUGUAAUGAUAAGAAAUGUAUUCCAAUGGAGCUACAGUGUGAUUGGUUUGAUGACUGUGGAGAUGGAUCAGAUGAGCAAGACUGCAAAAUAAGUGUUGCUGAAUAUACAUGUGAAGAUAAUGUGAAUCCUUGUGGAGACGAUGCGUACUGUAAUCAAACAGAAACAUCCCUACUGUGUCAAUGUAAACCUGGAUUUCAGAGAAACAAGAGGAAUAGACAAUGUGAAGAUAUCAAUGAGUGUAUGGUAUUUGGUGCCUGCUCCCAACACUGCAGUAAUAUUAAGGGAUCAUACAAAUGUGCAUGUGAGAAAAAUUAUAAGGAGAGGAAUGACAGUUGCAUAGCAAAAGGCUCUGAAGAUCAAGUUCUCUAUGUUGCUAAUGACACUGACAUCCUGGGUUUUGCAUAUCCAUUCAACUACAGUGAUGUUCAUCAGCAAAUAUCACAUAUUGAACAUAAUUCAAGGAUAACUGGAAUGGAUGCAUAUUUUCAAGGAGACAUGAUUGUAUGGAGUACUCAAUUUAAUCCAGGAGGGAUUUUCUACAGAAAACUUCAUGACAGAGAGAGAAGGCAAAGUAACAGUGGCUUGAUAUGUCCAGAAUUCAAAAGACCUAGGGGCAUUGCUGUUGACUGGGUUGCUGGAAAUAUUUAUUGGACUGAUCAUUCCAGAAUGCAUUGGUUCAGCUACUACACAACUCAUUGGACUAGUCUGAGAUACUCCAUCAAUGUAGGUCAAUUGAAUGGACCUAACUGUACAAGACUGCUUACAAGCAUGGCAGGAGAACCAUAUGCAAUUGCUGUAAAUCCCAAAAAGGGGAUGAUGUACUGGACAGUUAUUGGGGAUCGCUCUCACAUAGAGGAAUCAUCUAUGGAUGGUACUCUGAGAAGGAUAUUGGUUCAAAAGAAUUUACAAAGACCUACAGGUCUCGUAGUUGAUCAGUUCAGUCAGCGUUUGUUCUGGGCUGAUUUUGAAUUGUCUGUUAUUGGCAGCGUCCUUUUUGAUGGUUCCGAUUCAGUUGUGUCUGUGAGCACUAAACAAGGUUUACUGCAUCCACACAGAAUUGACAUUUUUGAGGAUUACAUAUAUGGAGCAGGUCCUAAAAACGGUGCAUUUAGAGUGCACAAAUUUGGCAGGAGCCUUGUAGAAUAUCUAAGUGUGGAUGUUGAUAAAGCAAAAAGUGCCUUGAUUUUUCACCGCUACAAACAAAUGGACUUGCCUAAUCCAUGCUUGGACCUGACAUGUGAAUUCAUUUGUUUACUCAACCCUUCUGGUGCAACAUGUGCUUGUCCAGAAGGAAAAUCAUUGGUGAAUGGAACAUGCAUUGAUCAGAGCCUCUUAG